GGUCAAUGUAAACAUUUUGAUUUUUUUUUUUAAAAUUUGAUUUUUGAGAGAACGGUUGGCAGCACCGAGAGUCUGAUAUCAUUAUUAGAUUUUCUGGAGAAAAUCAGUUGAAAACGAAUACCCUGUCGUAAAAAUUUUGACAGCUGACAUUGACAAAUGACUGACAGCCAAAAAUCUUAUAAAUAUCAAACUCUUUCAAUUGCAUGGUCCAAAGUUUGACUUUCAAGAUACCUCAAAUAUGCCUAAGAAAACUCUUCUACUUCUUCUACCCAUCACCACUUUAAUCUUGUACGUCUUCUACAUCUGCCUAACACUAAACCAAACCAGUCAGAACAUAACCAUAAUCGAACUGGACAGCAAUAACCAAAACACAACCACAUCAACCAAAUCGACCAAAACCGAAGAAAAACCAAACGAAAUCGCCUGCUUAACAAUAAAAACCAACGAAACCCUACCGGACAUUUCAAAUUUCCCGCCAAAUAAAAACAAACGAAACAUAUUCUUCAUGGAGACCUCCUGCAAGUCACAUGACAAGGGCAAGUUAUUCUUAAAGGCGAGACAGGCAUGCGCAGUUGAAAGUGCCGCCAACAUGAAUCCUGCUACCGACGUCUAUUUAUUGAUCACUUCUCCCGGGGUAUUUAAAGAUGAGAACACUGAAUCUGACAGAAUAAUUAAAGCGUUACAAAAGUAUUCGAACAUCAAACUGAUGUACUAUAAUGUCGAGAGAUUUGUGCAAGGGAGCCCUGUGGAACCUUUAUGGAAAAGUGGACGGGUGAAGGCGUCCAAUUAUCCUUUGGCACAUAUCAGUGACGUUUUAAGGCUUUUGGUCCUUUGGAAAUACGGAGGAAUAUACCUGGAUCUGGACAUAGUGGUAAUUAAGAAUCUGGAUACUUUGCCAACGAAUUUCGCCGGAGCUGAAACGAGUGACGUGUUGGCCAGUGGAGUGAUGGGUUAUGAUGCCGAAGGAACUGGUCAUCAGUUUCUUACGAAAUGCUUAAAUGAUCUUAAUGAACAUUUUGAUGGGGUCCUAUGGGCGGCCAAUGGACCAUUAUUGAUAACUCGAAAUAUCAUGGCUCGCUGUCCAGACAAACAGGCAAAAGACGUAAUAUCCAGCGGCCACUGUGAAGACUUUUACAUCAUGUCAACGCCCUCCUUCUAUCCGAUCCACUGGAGCGAAUGGUACAAAUACUUCGAUCCGAAUUUACUCACCACAAUCGAAAACGAGAUCGAUGCCAAAAGUUAUUUGAUCCACGUGUGGAACAAACUGAGCGUGGACAAGUUGAUACCGAAGAACCAGACCGAGGUACCGUACUUGCAUGUGGCUAAACGGUACUGUCCGGAGGUGGUGAAACAACUGGACGAGUACUUUUGAUUUAGACUGUGAUUUUGUUAUUUAUUUAUAUUUUAAGUUUGUA